UGCGGGCGGAGGGACGGGUCGGCUCCGCGCCGCGCAGCUCCGCGCACCGCGGGGAGCUCGCCGCUGAGGCGCGGGGGAAAAAAAAAAAAAAAAGGGAAAAACAGCCAGAAAAAAAAAAAAAGCCAAACUUGCCCAGCAUGUCCCUUUGGGGUGGAGAACACAAAUUGCUGAUGAGGGUCUAACUUUGCCCAAACGACCUUCAGCUGGGAGUUGUAUCACCUGCCUUGUUUGUCCUCUAGGCGGUCCCUGCUGCAGGAUGAAUUAGGAAGGCAAGGACUCUUCCUCUGAGCCAUGGAGACAAGGGCGUCUUUUAUCACCACCAUGCAAGAGACCCAGCAUCUCUCCCCAGAGAAGGGUCAGAGCCCGGCCAACGGCAAUGUGGAGCAGUUUGAUUCAGAUGAGGGCUCCAGCAUUGAGGACGCAGACUUCAACUGGGAUGAGUUCCUGGAGGAAACAGGAGCCAGCGCUGCUCCCCACACCUCCUUCAAACACGUUGAAAUCAGCCUUCAAAGCAGUUUCCAACCAGGGAUGAAAUUAGAAGUGGCCAACAAGAGCAAUCCGGACACAUAUUGGGUGGCUACAAUCAUUACAACAUGUGGACAACUCUUACUGCUUCGUUACUGUGGCUAUGGAGAUGACCGCAGGGCGGAUUUCUGGUGUGACGUGAUGACAGCAGAUCUUCACCCCGUUGGCUGGUGUACACAGAAUAACAAGGUCCUGAUGCCUCCAGAUGCAAUCAAAGAGAAAUACAUGGACUGGACAGAGUUUCUCAUCCAUGAUUUGACCGGCGCCCGGACUGCACCUGCAAAUUUACUGGAAGGCCCUCUGCGAGGAAAAAACCCUGUAGACCUCAUUACAGUUGAUUCCUUAAUAGAGCUGCAGGAUUCCCAGAAUCCCUUUCAGUACUGGAUAGUUAGUGUGGUUGAAAAUGUUGGAGGAAGAUUACGCCUUCGCUAUGUGGGAUUGGAGGAGACUGAAUCCUAUGACCAGUGGUUGUUUUACUUGGAUUGCAGACUUCGACCAGUCGGUUGGUGUCAAGAGAAUAAAUACAGAAUGGACCCACCUGCAGAUAUCUAUUCUCUGAAGACUAUAUCUGAGUGGAAAUGCGCUCUGGAAAAAUCCCUUAAUGAUGCAGCAAAUUUUCCUCUUCCAAUGGAAGUGUUCAAGGACCAUGCUGACUUGCGAAACCACUUCUUCACUGUGGGAAUGAAGCUGGAGGCGGUGAAUAUGAGGGAGCCGUUUCAUAUCUGUCCUGCAUCAGUGACCAAGGUUUUUAACAAUCAUUAUUUACAAGUGACCAUUGAUGACUUGAGACCUGAACCCAGCAAAAUCUCAAUGCUUUGCCAUGCGGAUUCCUUAGGGAUCUUGCCAAUACAGUGGUGCCUUAAAAAUGGAGUCAAUCUCACACCUCCCAAGGGUUACUCUGGCCAGGACUUUGACUGGGCAGACUACCAGAAGCAGUGUGGAGCGGAGGCAGCGCCUCACCUGUGCUUUAGAAAUACAUCCUUCAGCCGUGGCUUUACGAAGAACAUGAAGCUGGAGGCAGUGAACCCCAGGAACCCUGCAGAGAUCUGUGUUGCUUCUAUCACCUCCGUUAAAGGACGAUUAAUGUGGCUUCACCUUGAAGGUUUACAGAUGCCCUCUCCAGAGUACAUAGUUGAUGUAGAGUCUAUGGACAUUUUCCCAGUUGGCUGGUGUGAAGCGAAUGCUUAUAACCUAACUCCACCACACAAAGCUGUUUUGCGAAGGAAGAGAAGAAUUGCAGUUGUGCAGCCAGAAAAGCAGUUGCCAUCCACAGUGCCUGUUGAGAAAAUACCUCAUGACCUCUGCCCGGUUCCUCAGCCAGACACAACAGGCACCAUCAAUGGGAGAUACUGCUGCCCCCAGCUCUACAUCAACCACCGCUGCUUCUCAGGUCCAUAUUUAAACAAAGGCAGAAUAGCAGAGCUACCUCAGUCUGUCGGGCCUGGCAAGUGCGUGCUGGUCCUCAAAGAGGUUCUCAGCAUGGUGAUCAAUGCAGCCUACAAGCCAGGGAGUGUUUUACGAGAACUGCAGCUAGUGGAAGACCCUCAGUGGAAUUUCCAAGAGGAAACGCUUAAAGCAAAGUACAGAGGGAAGACAUACAGGGCGACUGUUAAGAUUGUGCGGACGUCGGAUCAGGUAGCGGAUUUCUGCAGAAGAGUCUGUGCAAAGUUGGAGUGCUGCCCCAACUUGUUCAGUCCUGUUCUGGUGGCCGAAGUCUGCCCAGAGAACUGCUCCAUUCAUACUAAAACCAAGUACACCUAUUAUUAUGGGAAGAGGAAAAAAAUCAUUAAGCCGCCAAUUGGGGAAAAUAACAACAUGAAAAGUCAUGUCAAGCCAGCCAGACGCAGAAAAAGGCGGAAAUCCAUCUUUGUGCAGAAGAAAAGGAGGUCAUCGGCUGUCGAUUUGAAUGCUGCAGGCUCUGCAGAGGAGAGUGAAGAUGAUGAGCCGGACGCGAUGGAGGAUGAGACGGGAAGCGAGGAAACCAGCUCGGAGCUCCGGGAUGACCAGACGGAUACCUCUUCUGCCGAGGUCCCCUCCACCAGGCCCCGGCGAGCGGUCACCUUGAGGAGCAGCACUGAGUCAGACAGACCUCCUCCCACUGAGAGAGCCCGACGGAGCCGGAGACCACAGCCCCGCUCCUACAGUGAGGCGGAGAAAUGCACACAAGUCAAGGAAGAAAUUAAGCAAGAAGAGGAAGAGAAGCUCGUCCUGGACAGUAAUCCAUUGGAGUGGACUGUGACUGAUGUUGUGAGGUUUAUUAAACUGACCGACUGUGCACCGCUUGCCAAAAUAUUUCAGGAGCAGGACAUCGAUGGCCAAGCCCUUCUGUUGCUGACGCUGCCAACAGUGCAAGAAUGCAUGGAGCUGAAGCUUGGUCCCGCCAUCAAACUGUGUCACCAGAUUGAGCGAGUAAAAGUUGCUUUCUAUGCACAAUACGCCAACUGACUGCACUUCUCCAUUUCUUUCUGUUCUCCUUCUUGUUCCCUCUCUUUUUUAACAUUUCAACUCGUUCAAGGUUUUUUUUCUCCCCUCUCCCUUUUCUUUUCCAAGAACACGUGGAAUUGGAAGCACUGGAAGAAAAAAAGAAACCCACAACAAAAAACUAGCAACAAAUUGAACUCAUUUUCUGUACUUGUAAAGCACAGUGAAAGACUGCUGGCGUCUCUCCUUGCGAGCCUCACCAACUCGUUACGCAGUGGUGCAAGGCCAGCACAGAUCAGAUGGUUUGUUGUUCAUUAAAACAAAACUAUCGAUGGCAGACACAUUCCCAAGGAGAAGGGUCGGACAUUUCUGGAUGGUGAUGGUUUGUCUAGGUCAGUUUCUGGACAUGAACACUUCUUUUAGCCAUCUCUGCCACGCUUCUUUCAUAUUGAAAUGUUAAGUGAUCCUUUGCAGCAUCACUUGGGGUUUACUGCAAAUUUGAUCUUGGUGAUCGAUGGGCUUUUUUUCUCCCACCUCUCCAGUCUUACAAAAGGAAAAAGUGUUAUACCAGUCAUAUACAGUUUGUUAUUCCUGAGUGAUUUGUAAAAGAGGACUCAACCCACGGUAUCAGACAAAGCUGCAGCAAACUGACAGGGCUGCAAGAAGACCGAGUGCGCAGUAACGCGUCCUGAGCCGUGCUGGCUGUGCACAAUAAGCUGAACGUCUCUGUGAUGGGGUCUGUACAGUGCUGUGUUCUUGUAAAGGAACAUGCAUGAAAGCUUUCAUGGUCGAGCCCAUCCUCUUAAAUCCAAGUCACUUUAAAGGCCUGGCUUUGAGCCCCAUGGGGUGGAAAAAAAAAAAUAGGGUUAUUCAGAUUUAAUGAUGAGUGAAUCACUGUUGAGUGAAUGCUGGUUUCAUUUGCACCUUCAUGAAUCUGGUUGCUAGGUGGGAAUAAAAAGCAUCAGUGUUUUCAGGCUGUGUAUGCCAGGGUGCUUUAGACCAGAUCUGGCCCAACACAGUCUGUAUAAAGGCCACAGAUUGUCCCAGUGCCACCCUUACCAGUGAAACUGGGGGCUUGCUUCAUGCCAAGCAGAGUGAGCAUCGGGGAGGGUGAAGAAAUGGGUCAGACACCUUGGGUUUGCCUCAGUUGUAUUUAUAGAAGUAUUUCCCCUUUACUUAGCAGGGAUAUAUGACUCCAUUAGUCCCACGUGUUGAGCCUGAAUUUGCUGUAACUUUGCAGAGGUUGGUGGCAUCACAGUGAUGUAAAAUUCCCCCAAGAGCAAGAACCAGACUGGGACCAAGUCUGAAUUUCGCUCUGACUUUAAGGUGCAAGUGAAUCCCUCCCUCAAAAAGUAGACUGGGGGGUUCGUGCUGAGUUUUAACCUGAUUUCAUAGGAAACAGCUGACUUCGGCAGGCUUUUGUUCUCAAACCAUAAACAGGCCCCUGGUUCCUGGCCUCAGGGAACCCAGCUUGGAAACUGUACACAGCUCUGUUACAACACUGUGAUGCCAAAGCCCACUCAGUGACGACGUCUUGAAAAAGAAAUGUCAUUUCUAGCCCUAAAUCUGAAGGCAACGCUUAUGGCCAGAUAACCCCCACCUCAGGAACUUACCAUAUGGUGACAGCAAACUUGGAUCAGAUAAUCCCACUGACCACAGUGUGCUCAGAAAAACCUACUGACCAACACCAGGCUCUAGCUGCUGCUUUCUCCCUCAUCAGUUUCCUCGUUAAAUUCUUUGGAUGAAAGAAGGAAAGCCUCAGAAAUAAAUAUUCUGGACUAUAUCUGAACCUGCCCUAGAGCAUGUGUUAGGGAGGAAGUAUUGACUCCGUUUGCCAUGUGUCACUGGGGACUUUCUAGUCUCUCUUGCAGUGAGUUUCCUGAUUUGCCACUGAGGGUUGUGAUGGGAGCAACCGCUGCGGGCUGGGCCAGAUCCUGCCAACUCCUGGGACCGUCAGAAAUUUUCCUGUGUGGGAGAUCAGCAGGACUGGAUCUGUUCUCAGCUGUUGUCUUGUACUGAAGAUCUUGUUGUUCAAGUUUUAAUCAACUGAAGGGAAAAGUGGUGCCAUCAAAUGGUUUUCUUCUUUUUCCUCAGAAAUCCAGGAAUGGGGUGCUGUAGUGGUGCAGACAUUCAAAAACUGGGUUUUAAACUGAAUUUCCUACUGGCGGUAGCAGUGGACUGUGUCAAUGCAACUGGUUUGAUAACAACUUUGGAUCCCUCUGAGGGUCCCCAGAAAUGUUGCUCCUUGUCCUAUAUCUGAAGACAAAAGGAUUGUGCCCAGCAACAUGAGACCACAGCUGAGAAAAACAGGGAGUUCCUCUUUGCUUCAGCCCAGUCCCUCCAAUGGCUGGUGUGACGUCUGUGAGCAGGAGAUAGCUCCCAAAAGACUGCUGUCAGGAGAACUGGUGUAUUGAGAACAUUUCAAGGAAGGGACGCAGAAUGACUAUUUGCUUAACAGCAUCCCGGCACUGAUCCCUCACUUACUACAUCCACCACCUUCUGAGCAUCCUUUGCUGCUCUGAUGUUCUUGGAGUUUCUGGCCACUGGAAUUUGUCACAGACAUUUAACGCCUUUUGGGACACAUUGCAAAAACGUCAUUGUUUUCUCCAUCAACCUUAUAACUGUAGAUAUUCCUAUGGCAGCUAACUACUCAUGGAGGCACGGUCGGGGAGCAGGCAGCCGCAGACUCUGAGAGCAGCAAGCUCUGACGUUGGCUACGCAGGGGAUGGGUGAAGCAUUGAGCCCAGCACAUGGGAGUCUUUACUGAUUGUUCAGGGAAGUUAAAUCGUAUUUAAAACUCGCCUAUUAAACAAAACAAAAAAAAAGGUUUUUGAUUUUAGCUCGCGCCGGCUCUUUUAUUUCCUCAGGUUUCUCUCUCCUCACCAUUUGUCUUUCAAUUUAUUGUUUUUCAGUGUCAUGCCAUUUAUCACUCUCUGUCCUUUCAGAGAAGAUGAUAACCUGAAAUCUUUAGUCUAAAAUUACCUUGGGUGGUAAAUGCUUUAUUAUUUCUUUUAGCCUGCAGGUUGGGAAGAAACAGGGGGUUGGGCUACUGUUGACUGUUGCACUAAUUGCCCUCCAGAAAAGCUGGAGCUGAACUUCUUAGACAAUUCCUUAAGCAAGUGGAAAAUGGACUGUGCGUAGUUUAACUGGAUGGUACGUUUGGAUUUUCGCUAACAGAGAUCAGAGGGAACUACUUACUCUUGCCUGGAUUUCAUUUCAAUUCUGGAACAUUAGCAAAGGUUUGGAGUAAUGUACUUCAAAGGAGAUGUUCUAAACCCGAUCUUGUUGGGCUCAAACAUCACUUUGCAGUGUAGAAGUAAAAGCCACUGGAAGUGUUUUUUGGUCCAGCCACAAUUCUGAGUUAAAUUCAGAGACGGUGCAACUUCACAGAUACACAGAUGACACUGGUGAAGCCACGUUUUCUCCCCUCCCUGUUCUGAAUUUGUCAUCCAGGUCUGAAGUUUAUUGUGUUAUCAGCUACAAAAGGCCACCACUGUGAAAUGCUGAACUAAUGAUUACCCAAGAUCGCAAGGGCUGAGAAGCAACUGUGCUGUUGCUCUUGGGCUGUUGGAUGUUGAACUUCAGCACAUUCACACAGACCACUUUGCUCCCACAAGAAGGGUGUGCAGGCACCUGUUCUGGCCUUUCUUCAGGCAUAGAACCAAAGAUGGGCAUUUCUGGAGCAAAAGUAGGGGGAUUGAAGAGUGUGUGGUACCUGCCCAUCUUCAUCUGCACUGGCUUCUUUUGAUCUUGCACUCAAUCAGGUUGAACAGAUGCAUGGGCAGGUCCCUGCUCCCUUCCCAGUCCCCUGACAGAAUCAGCCAAUUCCCAGUCUGCAGCCCAAAAGCACCAGUCUCUGAGAUCGGAUUAAAUCAUUAAUUUAUGGGAACGUCCAUGGUUGUCCUGCCUUCCUGCUGCUGUCAUGGAUGCUCCUCUCCCACCUUGUAGAAAAAUGCUCUCUUUGGUUUGAGUUCUUCUUCCCUUUCCGGCUCAAACACACAGCUCCCAUCCACACUCAUGGUUUUUUUUCUCAACACCAGGAUGACCAAACCCUGUCUUUUCUACCUCUCAGAGGCGUGAUGGCCUCUCAGCUCUGAGAAGGAUUUCAGGGACUCCAGCUCCACCGUGUUAACCAUAUGCAAUAGCCCUUGAUAGUUCGGUCCUGCAGGGUUCAGAAAACCUCUUAGAAAUGCUGUGUGUCCUCAGUAACGACUGAAAUCAGGGCAAAUGGUUACACACCCUGUCCUUAGUGAAGCAUCCAGCAGAUGCGUAUCCUAGCUGAGAUGGCCUGACCCACACUGUCAGAGGUAUUUGAAUGUCUGCUAGGAUUUACAGAGUUUCUCAGUAAGUUAGACACCCCAUUAAUAUUUCACUAUGGGUUAACAGGUAAUUUGCCUUAAACUGGAAAGUCACCAUUCCUUGGCUUUCACCUUCAACCUUUCACAGGCCCCUGUCAUGUGGUGUAGAGCAAACACUAUCUCAGCUCUUUGAAGGCAAUCCAGACACUGUUGGGCUGCCAUAAUCGACAUUUGGUCACCUGAAAAGCCUGCCUUGGUCUUUGAAGGGCACAAAAUUGAUUUUGGCAGAGCUGCAGUGCCAUCUCAGUGUUUUAGAAGCUCAGUACCAUCAGGGCACUUCAAAUACUUUUUGCUUUUCUGGUGCAGCAUGUCUGGAAAAUGAUGAACUCAGACUGUUCCUCCCAUUUCCAAAUUCAAGUGCCAAAAGAGAAGAACAUGCUGCAACUGAACACCAUUAAAACCAGCUUUAUUACAUGUGGGUAAAUAUAGUCUCAAGGGCUCCAUUUUGGUGCUAAGAUAUGUCACGCUGUAUUUUCCAUUGCUUGGGAUUACAAAGCUGAUUCCCUGCUCCAGGAAAUAUUUUCUGUAAUCAGCAAUGUCUUAAGCAUUAGGAUUUUUUUUUUUUCUUGUGGCUGUAGAUUUUCAACUUGGAUACAUUCAGCAAAUACACCCCUCCCACACCACCACCACCCCCAUCAUGUGAGUUUUGGAGAAGUUUUAUACAGUAUAUUUAUGUAAAAAGUCUUUCAAAAUGUGGGUGCAUGCAUAUUUUUCCCUCAAUAAUACUCUUCAUCACAACAGCUGACCCAGAACUAAGGGAAUCUGUUGCUCAGGAUUUGGUCCAGAAGUAACUGAGGUUAGUGAAAGGGCCCCCACAGAUGUGUGGGCUGUGGGACCAGAUCUUCACCAAAUUAUUUCACUUAGAAGUCAAAAAGUGUGCAGUUAAUUAACAUAAAAUGUAACCCCCUCCUUCUAGCAGGCAGAAAUCCAGCUGAAAUCUGCCAGACUUAACAAGAGAGGGCUCGUGUCCCGAGGUGCUCGUGAAAUCCCAAUAAAGGAGCAGAAGCAUUUAAUAUUCUCAUUUAUUCUUUGGUACAAUACUCCAUCAAGAAGUGCAAAUGAUCUUAAUGGCUGGAUUUAGAAUAUGAGCCAGUCAUCAAAGAUGAGAGUUUUACAGCCCAGUAGUCCUUUAAAUGUCAUCCGUCCUGCAGAAGAGGAGUGUUUUUGCAAUGGCUUAGUGCCAUGCACUGGAAUUCUCGUUCAGAAGAAGACACGUGAACUGUACAAAAACUACAUGGGACAGUUUUAAAUACUCAUGGCCUUUCUCUUGUUUUAGUCUUUCAUGUGAAUUCUUACCUUGAAAAAGGUCUCGUUCUCAUGAUUUAAAACUCCAGCCUCUGUAAUGGCCCCUGGCACAGCAUACCAGCAAAAUACAUUUUUAUCCGUCAUCACACUAUGGAUGAGCACAGAGGUGUUUUGUUGACAAGCACUUUGGUCAGGUGAGACAAGGAGAUCUCAACACCUUGUUGAAGGAGUUAUCCGUGCAACCUGGAGGGCAGAUCCUCCCUGCAGUUCACUGUGGAGGGACAGAUGCUGUUGCUAGGUAGGUCACAUAGCCCAAGUAGCCUAAUGCAGGAGAUAUGUGUGCUGCCUACUCACAGAUGUUCCUGGCCUCCAUGUCUGUCAAGGGCGUGGGAGAGGGAAAAGAGGGUUUCGGGGAAGGAGAGAGGUUGGAGUUCUGGCCUUGAGGUAUCUUUGUGGAGAGGGACCUCUGAGAACAGGGAAUCAUAGGAUCAUUUAGGUUGGAAAAGACCUUUAAGAUCUUUGAGUCCAACUGUAAACCCAACACUGCCAAGUCCACCACUAAACCAUGUCCCUAAGUGCCAGCUAUGGUCCAUGAGCAUCAUUCCUGAAGGUUUCUUUGAGUCUUGUUCAUAGCAAAGAUGCUUUGAGUCCUAACAGCGGCCAGGUGAGAGGGAGGAAAAAAGCUGGCAAUACACUCGGAGCUACAAUUCUUGCAGGUUCAUAUUUUGUUUCCCUGGUGGAGAUACAGGGGUUUGGCUCAGGUGGCUCUAGGCUCCUUGGCCAGAUACUAGGGAAAAAUCAGUUUUUCUUCCCUGGACCUUUUUUCUACCUUGUACACUUUGUCUUCUGGGCUUGGGGGCUGAAGAACCUCCUCUUUCACCUUUCAGACCUCCAUAGGAAAUGUCAGGGGAUAAAACUUGAGCUCUGUCCCAUAGAAAUAGGUGACAUUGCCCUGAGUUGAGGUUGUUGGUCUACAAAACACUCUGCUCUGUGUUAUGAUGUGACAGGGUGAAAAUGAUCAUUCCCAAGUCAGGCCACCCACUCGUUGCUGUUCUGGUCUCACUGAAGAUCAUGGACAUUAUAUCUGCUUAUAAAUGUACGCGUUAUAUUUCCCAAUCCCUAUUCCACCCAAGCCAGUCAGGUUGUGCUGACACGUUUAGUUAUUGCGGCAGCCUUCACCUUCAGGGACCUGCUUGCUAGAAAACACUCACCUGCGGAAUGGUGUCAUGACACGUUCAUGUACAGAGGCAGGGGUGCCAACUACAGCCAGGCAGUCACUGCAGCAUGGUCCAAGAGAGGCGAAAGUCUCAAUUACAGGCUUUGAAGGGAGUUGAGUCUUCUCAUGUACCAUGGUAGGACAAGGCAAGCACUUAAGCCACCUUCUCGCUUAUGGAACAGCAGACAUUAGCUCCACAACCAGCAGUUAUGGUCCACUUAUGGUGACGCACAUUGGAAGCCUUUGAAUUGUUUUGCAUUCCAGUUUGUACUGAAGGUUUGAUUCAAACUUUUUGUAUAUAAUCCCUUUGGUGUGUUACAAAUAUAUGUGUGUGUGUGUGUGUGUGUGUGUAUAUAUAUAUAUAUGUAUAUAUGUGUGUGUGUAUAAGUAUGUGUAUAUAUAUACAUAUAAAUCAAUCAAUGCUGGUGUUUUUACUUUUUAAAGUUCACAGGGCAAAGGGCAUGUUGUUAGUUUGCUGUAAGAUUCUAUUCUGUAUAUAUGUUUUCAUGUAAAUAAGUGAAAAUCUAUAUUCAGAGUUAUAUUUUAAUUUUUAUUCAAAAUGAAAUAAAUCCCCUUUUUACUUGAAACAAUUGUAAGCCACGUUGUUAAUAAAGUAACAAUUAAUCAUA